GACAGAGAGAGAGGGAGAGAGAGAGAGAGUCUCUUUUGUAUUCGUAGAGAUAACAUAGCUUUUCAGCCACCCUCUCUCGCUCUCUCUCUUUCUCUCUCCUCCGUUCCUUAAGUAAAACUUUCCUUGCUUUUUAAAAUCAUAGGAACGAAGAUCGUUAGUGGACACUCCUCCAAUCGAGAGAGAGAGAGAGAGAGCUUCCCAAUCAUGUCUUUCAAUCAAAUCACCAGUGCAAUGGAAAUUGAACUGGGUCCCUUCUCUUCGCUCGAAAUGAGCCAAACACCCAUGAAUUCCAAGACCCAGAUUCCGGACAUCAUCUCUACAUGGCUAGACACGGAUGACAUUUAUACCCCUUCCUUCCCCAAUGAAUCACAUGACGUUCAGAUGCUCAGUGACCAUCUUUUUCAGCUGGCUUCAUCUGAUUUCGAAUCUGAUCCCUUCUCUCUACUCCCCCGAACUGACGAUAACAGUGAAUCCUUACUCCUCGACCUCUGCGACUUUGUUUCCGAGCCCCAGCUGGAUAAUGACAUGUACUACCCGAUACUCCCCGAGUUCUCUGCAAUUUUGGAAGCCAGCACUGAUCAGGCAGCUGUAGUUGAAGAAGACGAGAGUGAUCAGUUCUUCAAUGAUAAUCCAUUCUUAAUUGCACCAGCUGAAAGCAAUGAGAGCUUUGCCGAUCAGCUACAUGCGUCGGUAUCUACAACUGCAACAAAGGAGACAAAUGCUGCCACAGUGGAUGAAUGUCUACAAAUAUCAAAGACUAGUGUGGAAGUUCCACAAAAUCAAGAAGAUGAUGAAGACGAGGAAGAGAUGGAUGACAAUGCAAAGCCGGGCACAUUGAAUUGCAAGAAUCUCGUGUCGGAGAGGAACAGGAGGAAGAGACUCAGCCAGCAAUUACUUGCACUUCGCGCUCUUGUACCCAACAUCACCAAGAUGGAUAAAAGAUCGGUGUUGGUGGACGCCCUGGCGUAUCUUAGAAGCAUCCAUGAAGAAACUAAGCGGCUACAAAGGGAGCUUAAAGAGAGUUCAUCGUCCAAGAACAACUUGGAAUCAUUUGUAGACGACACGCCCGAGCAGACACUGCAACCUACGCUCACGUUGGCACCACGACCCUCCAUUUCAAAGUCCAAAUCCCAGAUUCUCGAGCAGAUAGAUGCUGAGAAAAUUGAAGAACGGAGGUUCGUGGUAAAGAUAAACAGCAAGGGUGGAGCUGGUGUUGGGGGAGAAGUUCUACGCGUGAUCGAAUCCCUUGGCUUCGAGAUCUCUUACACUGCACUUGAACAAAUUAAGCCACUGCAUGUCCUGACCACGGUUUUCAUUAGGGUAAGGAAACAAGGGCGGAUGACAGAGGAAAAGCUAAAGGAUUGCAUUACAAGCACAGCUCUGAGAUCGGGCCUUAUGCUUCAGAACCCUUGAGUAAAAUACAUGUGCUUAGUGAUGGCAUUUUGGUCAUCCUAAUCUCUCUGAGUAAGAUAUCAUAUACUAGUUAUAUAAUAAUAAUAAUAAAUAAUAAUAUCAUUAUAUAAUGUGCAGCAGGUCUCUAUUGUGCAAUAAUAACAAUAACUAGUGGUAAUAAUAACAGAGAGAAGCCCAUAGAUGGGGUGCGUUCACGUGAUGUGUUGAGGACACCAUGUGACGAUGGCACUGAUAUUGUCGAGUUGUGGAGUUAGGAUCUGAGUUUUGUACUUGUUUUAUUCGUGGUAUGUGAGAUAAAGGUAUAGAACAUUGGUUCCUUCUCCUUUGUAAGUAGCUACCUUAUGGUGAUGCCUUUUUUGUUAUUUUUGAAUCUUAUGCUAUA